UACUUGCUGCCUCUCAUUUUAUAGCCCAGCCAAUACAGCAAACAUGUUUGAAUUAGAGGAUGAUUUUACUUGCUCAAUAUGCCUGGAAGUCUUAAAUGAGCCUGUCUCGGUGCCAUGCGGACACAGUUUCUGUUUAGCAUGCAUUAACAAAUAUUGGGAUCAGGCAGAAGUGUGCAAAUGCCCUCAGUGCAGAGAGAUAUUCAACCCAAGGCCUCAUCUGCGCAAAACCACCCUUCUUGCUGAAGUGAUGGAAAAACUAAAGAUGAAACAGCCACAUUCCCGUGUGGCAAAACAUUUUGAUGGAUCAGCCGUGAUAGUAUGUGAUUUCUGCAGUGGAGAGAAGCUCAGAGCAGUGAAGUCGUGUAUGACAUGCCUAACCUCAUUCUGUGAGAUACACAUCAAGCACCACAAUGAAAUUGUGGCCUGGAAAAAUCACAAGCUGGUUAAUCCAACUGCAAAUAUACAAGAGAAGCUCUGUAAAAAACAUCAGAAAGUUUUGGAAAUCUACUGUCGAUCUGAUGAAACCUGCAUCUGCUCAUUGUGUGUUACUACUGGGCACAAGGAUCAUGACACAGCUCAACCAGAGAUGGAGCGGGCCACCAAGCAGAUCCAAUUGGGGGCAACACUUACAGAAAUCAAACAGAACAUUGAAAAGAAGGAAAAUCAAAUAGAAGACAUUACACAGAUUAUACAACGGGUUAAGGUGAGUAUGUAAAUCAGAAGGUAGGUGUAUG